CAACAACUCGACGCACCACACCACGCCACACACGCUUUCGCGACAUUUUGAAGUUAAAAACCUGUAGCUAUAUGUUAUAGUUGAGAAACAUGUCGAGUACACAGGCGGAAAGCGUCAUAAGAAACAUCAUCCGCGAGAUCGCGCAGACAUGUUUGAGCAGAGGACAGACUCUGUCCGAGACGCUCAUCGCGUUCAUGGUCAAAGCUGUUGUUCUGGACCCCAGGAAUCACUUUAACGUGGACAGGACUCUUACAAAGCAAGAUGUGCAGCAACUCAUAGAGCUGUGUGUGGACAGACUCAUGGACCAGGCCAGUCCAACGCUGAACACCAUUAAGAUGCAGGUUUACUUCGACAUGAACUACACAUCUCCACGUGAGUUUGUGGAGAUGCACCAGAAGGUCCUGCAGUCUCGUCUGCUGUCUCUGAGCCGAGAGAUCACGGACAGUCGAGCUCAGACCCGAGAGGACCUGCAGGGCCUGUACAGCAAGAUCGUCAGCUACGUCAUGCAGCGCUCCGGCCUCGGCUCGCCCACUGACAUCAGCACCGUGAGGGAGACCACAGCGGCUCUGCAGAGCGUCUUUCCACAGUCACAGCUGGCCACCUUCAUGUCUCUGCUGAAACAAGACAAAGAGAAGCAGCUGACUCAACUGAGCCUGAUCGUCAGCGGCAUACGGCUCUUCAACAAGGACAGCGAGAAGGGCGGAGAGGGCAUCCAGAACCUGCCGGCCAUCCUGAGCGAGGCGGUGCCAGCCGCAGUGGCAGACACCGAGCGUGAGCUGGCCGGAGCACAGCGCUGGGCCUGGCAGUACACCGCCCUGCUGGAGAAGGUCUGCGAGCAGGACACAGGGCAGAGCGAGCACCCCGUCCACCCAGACCUGCUCAAACAGGCCCUGUAUAACGCGAGACAGCACGAGGCCUUCCUCAAACUCAUACUGGCGGACAUUAUGAUGAGUGCAGAGGAAGUGAUGCGGUUACAGUCGGAUCUGAAGACUCGUAUGGCGCUCCUGAGGGACACUGUGCACAGUAAUACUACAGUGCCUACAUCACACGUGUUUCCUCAUUUCACAGCGGUGUCUUCACUGUGGGCGGGGCUGGAGACUGAGAUGCUGCUACUGAGCGCGCUCACGAACCUGCUGCCCGGCCUGAGGCCCUUCCUAUCAGCACAGUCUCUGCUGAGCCCUGAGCAGAUGGAGGUACUGCUGAACGGCCUACAGGUGCCCACGGACGCCAGCCGAUGCGCUGCGAGCACAGAAGAGCGUGUGGCUGUGUCAGAGAUGUGUUCGCGUGAGUGGUGUUUUCCUGAGAGCACUGCUAACUUUGAGAGUGUGCCACUGCAGUAUAAGGGCUUUUGUGGAUUCACCCUCGUGAAGAAGAACGGCCUGUUACUGCCAGGUAAUCCCAACAUUGGCGUCCUAAAGCACAAGGAGAAGUUCUACGCUUUUAGCUCCAAGAGCGCAGCGCACGCGUUCGCCAGUGAAGCGGAUGAAUAUAGCGCUGCGGUGGUGGAGAUGGCGAGAAGACGGCCCGAGCUCAUCCAGCUGCUCCAGCUGCAUCAGGAGUUCGCCAGCGUGACUCCCUACUCUGAGAUGCAGUCAGGACAGAAACUGCUGGUGAAAGUCAUCUCUAAAAGUGACGCCAGCAUGCAAACAGAGAUACACCCUCUGGAGACCAACAUCGUCAAGUCUCAUGAGUGGAACGAGUGGGAGCUCAGGAGAAAAGCCAUCAAACUGGCAAAUCUGCGGAAUAAAGUGACGCGCUCAAUGCAGACGGAUUUGAGUCACAUGAGGCGGCACAACAGCACACAAACAUUCCUCCCUAAAGACGGCAGCAGCCAGACGAAGCGAGACGGAGAGAGUAAUGUUCCCAAACCACAGGUGUAUCUGUGUGGGCUGCGAGGAGGGACGAGCGCCGCCACCAACAUGACCAAGGUGGAUUUAACCAGAGCUGUGGAUGAAUGAACUCAAUAAACUUAUCCGGAA